CUCAACACAAGUACUCCACACGACCAUUCAGUCGGUUCGUAUCGUGGGGGUUCAAUCCCCGUAACUGCAUAAGAGUCUUCCAAACUUCAUUUUGAGUGUGUAAAGCAAUGGAGACUGAAGAUUCCCAAGUACCAACUCCUAGUCCUACAACAUAUAAAGUCAUAUCAACUCCUUUUCAAGAAAAAGGCCACAAAUAUCGAGAGUUGACGGACGAAGAACAAUCAAAGUUGAACUCUGAUAAGACUCUGGUGUCUGAGUUUAAGCAAGCCAAAUUGGAGAGAGAGGCACAAAAGAACUGGGAUUUAUUCUAUAAGCGAAACUCAACUCAUUUCUUCAAGGAUAGACACUGGACGACUAGAGAGUUCCAGGAACUUACAGAGAAAGAACCAGCGGAUGAUGGUGUCUCAGCUGGCCAGAGAGUGUUAUUAGAGGUAGGAUGUGGAGUGGGUAACGCUGUCUUUCCUCUGCUGGAUGAGAACAAACAGCUCUUUGUACACGCCUGUGAUUUCUCACCGAGAGCUGUGCAGUUUGUCAAGGAAAAUGCUGCUUAUGAUCCAGCCAGGAUAUCAGCCUUUCAGUGUGACAUCACGAAAGAUCCACUUGUGGCUCAAAUACCAGAAUGCAGUGUACAUAUUGUCACAAUGUUAUUUGUAUUGUCAGCUAUUCACCCAGAUAAAAUGGCAGCCGCUCUCCGAAAUAUUUAUGAGGUUGUCAGACCAGGUGGUUGUGUGCUAUUCAGAGAUUACGGGUUAUACGACCAUGCCAUGCUAAGGUUCAGCAGGGGACAUAAAUUAGCUGAGCAAUUCUACGUACGCCAGGAUGGUACAAGAGCUUACUACUUCACUGAAGAGAUGCUAAGUAAACUGUUCAGCCAGGCAGGAUUUGAAGUUUGCCAGAACGAGUAUGUUUUGAGGGAAACGGUGAACAAGAAGGAAGGCUUGUGUGUUCCUCGAGUAUUUGUGCAGGGAAAGUACAGCAAGCCAACUCAGCCGAAUAGUUGACGACACGUAAAAGCUUUGCACCAUGUUGGUAAAUUUUAUUAGAGUUAAAGGCAUUGGACACCUUUUGUAAUUGUCAAAGACCAGUAUUCUCACUUGCUGUAUCCCAACA